AUGGCAGCGAUGGAAAACCUCUACCAUGAGGACGUCGUACUUUUUUUCUCCAUCGAAAUGUUGGAGGGAAUACUGGAGCUUUUUAAACAUGCGAAGCGUUUGAAGGGGGAGGGACACAAAAUUAUGUCUUUGGGGAACUGCGAGUGGGUUUUCCUUUCGGACGACUGCUCGUUGAGGGAACGGGUGAAGAAGGGGGAGGAGAAGCAAAAGGAGCAAAAGCCGCCAACUGUAAAGUCGCCGCAAAAUGGGGAGAAACCGCCAAGUGGAACGUCGCCGCUAAACAGGGAAGGCGAAAAAAAACGCUGCCACCCCCUCUUUAACAACAAAAACGUGAAUGACGAACAGGAGCUUAUCAGCGAGGAGAUAGCAAAGUGCCUGUACGGAGACCGGAAACCUGCCAAAGAUGCACACAAGCGCAAACUGGUCAUAGCCGUAGUGAUACAAGCCAUCCUCUUCGCUAACAGGUUAGGGCUGGACGUGUAUAAGCUGAAUUUAUUUCUUUCCAUCAUUCUUAUGACGCUGCAUAAAAUCAGAGACAAUUUAAAAGAAAAAAAAGGGAGAAAGAAGAAAGCCAUCAAUUAUUUCUUCCAUCUGAUGAGUAAAAAUGUGCACUACGGUUGGAUGGCGGACCCAACAUGGGGAAGAAACUUGAACAGAGAUGUUCCCCAAGAGGGGGGAUGUCCUCCCGUAGAGGAUGAGCCCUACUCCAUGAAUAGGAACAAUGUCGUGAGGCCCUCCAACAGGGUCCGCAGCAAAGCGGGGGAGAACACUACGUCAGACAAACAACCCAUGAGCGUUAAGAUAAAAGGAAAACCAGGAGAGGAAACAGACAACGCGAAUGGAAUUAGUACCAAUGAGACGAGAAAAAAACAAACGGAAGACAAUAAGGAAGAAAAGAAGGAAGACAAUAAGGAAGACAAUAAGGAAGAAAAGAAGGAAGAAAAGAAGGAAGAAAAGAAGAAAGACAACAAGGAAAACAACAAGGAAGACCCACUUCCCCUCGAAGCAGAUGAACAAAGACGAGUCUCCGCUCAAUUUAUCCUCUUCCACUUUGAAGAAGCCAAGAACAUAAUCAAAUAUAUUUUUGAGAGCAUUUUCUCCAUUUACACGUCUCCACCCGAGUGCUUCUUCACAUCGGAUGCGCUAAAGCUUGGUGAGUACUUCUCUUCCAUUGGUGAAGCAGCCAAUACGAAUGAUGAGCAUAUGGUAGAUAACUUCAACCGAGUUGAAUACGAGGAACUUGCCACCAAUAUUUACAUAAAGGAGGCCCUGGAUGUGCCCCUCUUCGUUUUGAAUAAGUUCUACUCAAAUGUGGACCAGCUGGGGCGUAAGAUGGACCAACUACUGGUGUGA